AUUGCCACGCAUCUCUCUCUCUCUCUCUCUCUCUCUCUCUCUCUCUCUCCAACUAUAGGGGAUUCUGUAUAGCAUAAGAAACGGGAUAUCCAAGCUAUAUAUACACAUACCGUUGCAGGGGCUCUGCUGCUUCAAUCUAAUUCAAAUUUGAAUUUUUUUUAUAUUUACAAUUCAAAAUUCAUACAUUUCUUUCGAGGGAUUCAAAAAAUUUCAAGUCUCAUCCCUUUUAGCUCCAAAUUCAACUGAAACCCAGUUUACUAUGUGAAAGAUCUCGCGUUUCUUCACCUUACUCUGUUUCGGAAGCUUCAGGGUCUCUGUUCCUUGAGGAUCUUGUUUUUCUUUUGGAAUUGAAGCUUUGCGGCAGAAAUGGUGGUGAAGAUGAUGAAGUGGAGGCCGUGGCCGCCUCUUUCUGCGAAGAAGUUCGAGGCCAAGCUCGUUGUUCGCCGGCUCAAAGGGUUGUGUUUGGCGCAGUCGGAGGGAGAGAAGGCGUCAGAGGACUUCACGAGGUUGGUGGUUGAGACUAAGUGGAAGGGUCCGAAUAAGAAUGUGGGGUUGGGUUCGUUGAGGAAGAGGACGAAGAGGAAUUUUACGAAGGAAGUGGGUGUUGGCGAAGAUGGAAUUGCCGAAUGGAAUGAAGAUUUUCGGAAUAUCUGCAACUUGUCAGUUUGCAAGGAGGGCGUGUUUCAUCCAUGGGAAGUCGCAUUUACGAUCUUCAAUGGCUUGAACAAGGGAUCGAAGGACAAGGCGGCUGUGGUUGGAACUGCAUCAUUGGACCUUGCUGAAUUCGCUUCUGCAGCCAAGGAGAAGGAGCUAGAAAUAAAUGUUCAUCUUGUGCUCUCUGACGGAAGCCGAGAGUGUGGCCCUUCCCUUUGUCUGUCUCUCAGCCUACUGGAAUUGAGAGCUGCUCAUGAACUUUCAGAGUUGGUGCAGAGAUCCAUAGAGUCCGUUCCACUGUCACCCCGUUCUGCAGAUGCUCUUAGAGCAGGUCUGAGAAAAGUAAAAAAGUUGACAGAUUAUGUAUCAGCCCCGAAAACAAAGAAGACAUGCCAAGAAGAGGAGAGCAGUGACGAUAGGAGCACUCCGAGGGUGGAGGAUUCCGAUUGUUGUUACCCAUUUGACACAGAUUCAGUUGAUGAUUUUGAUGAAGGUGAGUUAGAGGAGGGUAAGGAGGAUUCCAGUGUUUGGCUGUCAUUCAAUUAUGGCAAAUUGGCCUAUGCCAAUGGAGGGUCAUUUUACUCCAAUACGGUAGUUGGUGGUGAACAUGAGGAUUGGCUCUACUAUAGCAGCAACCGCAAAUUGGAUGCAGGGUGUUUGCUAGUUGAAAACUCAACUGAGUUGGUUCCUCCACAGUCCUUUCAACGGAAUUCAAAGCGCAGCAUCUUAUCUUGGAGGAAGAGGAAGUUGAGCUUUAAAGCAUCUAAAGGUAAAGGGGAGCCACUGUUAAAAAGUUACUAUGGAGAAGAAGGUGGAGAUGACAUUGAUUUUGACCGCAGGCAGCUUAGCUCAUCUGAGGAGUCCUUGUUUGGGAGUAAAUCAGGAGAUCUAAAUGGUAAUCGAUCAUCAGUCUCUGAAUUUGGAGACGACAAUUUUACUGUAGGCAGCUGGGAACAGAAGGAAGUAAUAAGCCGUGAUGGACGCAUGAAACUUCAAGCUCAGGUCUUCUUUGCUUCAAUUGACCAAAGGAGUGAACGUGCUUCUGGCGAGAGCGCGUGUACAGCCCUUGUGGCUGUCCUUGCUGAUUGGUUCCAAUACAACCGAAACGAAAUGCCCAUCAAGUCCCAGUUUGACAGCUUGAUCAGAGAAGGUUCGUUAGAGUGGAGGAAACUUUGUGAGAAUGAUGCUUAUAAGGAUCGAUUUCUUGACAAACACUUUGACCUCGAGACAGUCCUUGAAGCUAAAAUCCGUCCCCUCACUGUAGCCCCGGAGAAGUCGUUCAUUGGAUUCUUCCAUCCGGAUGGACUGGAGGAGGGAAAUUUUGACUUUUUGCACAGUGCCAUGUCUUUUGACAGCAUCUGGGAUGAGAUGAGCCGUUACGAGUCUACCAGCAAUGGUGACCCUUUGGUGUACAUUGUGAGCUGGAAUGACCACUUUUUUGUGCUAAAGGUUGAGAAGGACGCAUACUCUAUAAUCGACACACUGGGGGAGAGGUUCUACGAGGGAUGCAACCAGGCCUACAUCCUGAAAUUUGACAAAGACACAAUAAUACAUCAACUACCUAACAGUAAUGAAGCAGCAUCAGAAGAAAAACCUGCCCGUGAUAAGGUGCAACUGGACAAACCCAAGGAGGUUUCGGCUGAAAAGAAGUUGAUGGACAACCAAAAUGAGGCAGGGAAGGAUGAGAGCGAAGAUGCCGUUUUGUGCAGGGGGAAGGAGUCAUGCAAGGAGUAUAUUAAGAGCUUCUUGGCUGCAAUCCCUGUGAGGGAACUGCAAGUUGACAUUAAGAAGGGUUUGAUGGCAUCAACACCUCUUCACCACCGGCUACAAAUUGAAUUCCACUACACGCAGGGCUUGCACCCGGUUGUUGAAUAUUUUACAGCUCAACAGACAUUAGAUUUACCCGAAACGGCGGCACUUGCACUUGCAUGAGGGCAGCUAGCAACUCCUGUAAAGCAACACAUUCUGAUUAUUGCAACUCCUGCAACUGUGAUUAUUCCUAACCUUUUUUAUUUUUAGCUUCAUUUGGGUGUAAUUCUAUGCAAACAUGGAAAAAUAAAAAAACCCAUUUGACUAA